UGGUGACAGAAUUUAUGGAAUAAUUUUUAUUUAUCUUGGAAGAGAAAAAUUCCAUCAAAAAAUGUUUUUGUGAAAAUUUACAAGAAAACGGUACAUUUGCGUUUUCCUUGUUUUAAAAGUAACAAUAAAAAGAGGUACUUAUACUGAUUCUUUUGUUUAAUAAUGUGGAAAUGUAUUGCUGGGACAAUAAUUGUAGGUUCCGUUGCAUACACUUUAAUUAAAUAUUUUGCUGGAGGAGUCUGCCAUUGCACCACAAGGUUAGAUGGUCUUGUCAUUGUAAUAACCGGAGCAAGUUCAGGUAUAGGAAAGGCGCUUGCAUUAGAAUUAGCUCAAAGAGGUGCUACACUCGUGCUUGCUUGUAGAGAUGUGGAAAAAGGAUUAAAUGCAAAAACGUACAUUCUCUCGCAGCUCAAAAAUAAGAAUAUAAAAAUUUUUGUUAAGCAUUUGGAUUUGUGCAACAUUUCUAGCAUUGUCAAGUUUUCAGAUACUCUGAAUAAUGAGUUUAGUGAAAUAUACGGUUUGGUAAACAAUGCAGGAGUUUUUUAUCACCCACAAGGUUUAACAAAGGAUGGGUAUGAGAUCACUCUGCAAACAAAUUAUUUAGGCCAUUUUAUUCUAACUCACCAUUUGCUUAAUUUACUUAAGAAAUCCGUGCAUGCACGUAUUAUUAACCUUUCAUCCGAGGCACACAGAAAUGUGAAUAUCUAUGAUUUGAAAGCAGUAACUAAAUGUCAGAAUGAAUUUAGGUCACACUUUGUCGCAUAUGGUGUGUCAAAACUUGCACUAGUUCUUUUCACAAAGGAACUGUCAAAAAAAUUGUCAAAUACAAACGUUAUAGUGAAUUCUGCUAAUCCCGGAAACGUCGAGACCAAAAUUUUUCGGAACUUUCCACCUUUGAGUAAUCCCUGGUUGUACGCUCUCCAGUGGCCAAUCCGUUGCCUUGUAGUGAAGAGUCCAAAGCAAGGGGCACAAACGGUUUUGCAUUGCCUCCUAACGUCAAAUAGAUCGACGGGGCAGUACUACAGCGAUUGCAAACUCGUUCUUCCCAGUCCUAUUGCAGCGAAUGAUAAAAUCGCAAAAGAGUACUACGAGUUAACAUUAGAGAUCCUCUCCGAUUGGUUCACUACGGAAUCUGAGUGUUAGUAGAAGUAAAAUGGUCAC